AUGGAGAAGCAAACCGAAGUCAGGACCGUCGAGACAGCCCCCGACCGAUUCAGCUUCUUCUGUUCGCAGACUCUCAAAGCAACCACGUCGCCAACAUGGGACGACCUCCUCCCUAACGGUAACCUGGACCAUAUCUUCCAGGAGACCCAAAAGAGUCGGCCAGACCCAUCACGACCGACCUGGUGGUUCGACAUCCGCGAUGCGACUGAAGCGGACGUUAGUGUGGUCUCGCAGGCGCUCUCCAUCCAUCCUCUGACGGCGGAGGACAUUACCAUCCGCGAGCCUCGCGAGAAAGUCGAGGUUUUCAAGAACUACUACCUCAUUUCGUUCCUGACUCUUGUCGAUCGAGACCUGAGCGAAAGCGAGAGACCCGACAUCCCAGCCACUGCGGAGAUCUACAUCCUCGUCUUUCAGUACGGCGUCGUCACCUUCUCUCCAAGCGGGUGCGAGCACGUCCACCGAGUCCGCGAACGAGCUCGCAAGAUGCAUGAUCCGACCAUUCUCUCCAGUGACUGGAUCUGCUACGCACUCAUCGACGACAUAGUCGACAGCUUCGAACCCUUCACCCGCGCCGCAGAAAUCGAAUCUGAAGCCAUAGAAGACCAGGUCUACAUUGCCCGAAUCGACGACGUAAAAGAAUUAAUCCCGCAAGUCGACGUCCUCCGCAAAAAGAUCACCCACAUCAUUCGCUGCCUACACGGCAAAGUGGACGUGCUGAACGGUUUCGUGAAACGAUGCCAAGGCCCCGACAAACUACCCGUCUUCCCAGACGGCGAACUGCUACUCUACCUCGGCGACGUGCAGGACCAUUUGGUCACGACUUUAUCGACGCUGUCGCAUAUCGAUGAGAUUAUCGGUCGGAGUCAGGCGAAUUCGCUGGCGCAGCUUAGUGCGACGAAUCUAAGGGUUAGUCAUAAGAUUACCUCGGUUAUGAGUAAGGUUACGGUGCUGGCAACCAUCUUUGUGCCGUGUCAUUUUGUCACGGGGUUGUUUGGGAUGAACGUUCAGGUUCCCGGGGAGGAAACAACGGGGUUGUCGUGGUUCUUUGGGAUCGUUGGCAGUUUUGUUGUGUUUAUGGUUGUCUGUUUGGCUAUUGCGGCUAAGUUUAGGCUUCUGUGA